UACUUUUCCUGUGGGUCUUCGUUUUUUGGGUUGUCCUUUUCGUCUUCUAGCUUCGGUAAAAAAAAUUCCCCAAACCCAUGAUUCAGCUGUGCAAAAAAUUCCUCUUCUGAAGCAGGUGUUUGGGUUUAUUGUUUGGGUUCAAAGACAUCAGUGGAAGCAAUCUACUAAUAUGAGAGUGGUUUGGAUUAUUUCAUUGCUGUUACUCCAUUUUGGGUAUCUCCAAAAUGUGUUCAGUGCAAACGUUUCUUCUAGACCUGCUGUUGUGAACGUCGGAGCUAUUUUCUCAUUUAAUUCUACCAUUGGUAGAGUCGCCAAGAUUGCAAUUGAGGAGGCUGUGAAAGAUGUGAACUCCAACUCUAGUGUUCUCCCUGGUACCAAAAUUGUGGUGCAGAUGCAAAAUUCCAAUUGCAGUGGGUUUCUUGGCCUGGUUGGAGCUAUGCAAUUAAUGGAGGCGGAUAAUGUAGCAGUCAUCGGUCCACAAUCUUCCGGAGUUGCCCGUAUGGUUCUAAAUCUCGCAAAUGAACUCCAAGUUCCCUUUUUGUCAUUUGCAGCUACAGACCCCUCUCUAUCUUCUCUUCAGUUCCCCUUUUUUGUUCGGACGACGCAAAGUGAUUUGUACCAGAUGACCGCAAUAGCUGAGAUAGUCGAUUACUAUAGCUGGAAGGAAGUUAUUGCAAUAUACAUUGAUGAUGAUUAUGGAAGGAAUGGUGUGGCAGCAUUAGAAGAUGCCCUUGCAGCUAGGCGAUGUAAAGUCUCCUACAACGCAGGGAUACCCCCAGGGUCUGCAGUUAGUCGUGGUGACAUUAUGGAUAUUCUUAUUAAGGUUGCACUACUGGAGUCUCGGGUUAUUGUUCUUCAUGUAAAUCCUGAUUCGGGUUUCACGGUAUUCUCUGUGGCUCAGUAUCUUGGAAUGAUGGCUAAUGGGCAUGUUUGGCUAGCUACUGAUUGGCUUUCUUCUGUUUUAGAUUCCUUCUCUCCUCUUCCAUCUGAUAAAAUGGAUUCAUUGCAAGGAGUUCUGGUUUUGCGUGCACACACACCAGAUUCAGAUAGGAAGAGAAAUUUCUUGUCUAGAUGGAACAAACUGAGUGGCGGUUCUUUUGGAGUAAAUUCGUAUGGACUUUAUGCUUAUGAUAGUGUUUGGUUGGUUGCUCAUGCUCUUGAUUCAUUUUUCAAUAAGGGAGGUAUUAUUUCGUUUUCCAAUGAUUCUAGGUUGAUUAAUCUUGAAAGAAGUGAUCUUCACCUUGAUGCCCUGAGCAUCUUUGAUGGAGGGUCACUCCUGUUGAAUAGUAUUUUGCAGAGUGAUCUAGUUGGAUUGACAGGUCCAAUCAAAUUUGAUGCGGACAGGAGUCUCGUUCUUCCAGCAUAUGACAUUAUCAAUGUGAUUGGGACUGGGUUUAGACGGAUAGGUUAUUGGUCUAACUAUUCUGGUUUAUCCACUGUGCCUCCUGAGACACUCUACUCAAGGCCACCUAAUCGUUCCAGUGCAACCCAAAAGCUAUAUAGUGUUGUUUGGCCAGGAGAAACAGUAAUAAAACCACGUGGAUGGGUUUUCCCAAACAAUGGGAAGCAAUUGAAAAUUGGGGUGCCUAUUCGCGUGAGUUAUCAGGAAUUUGUAUCACAAGUGCAAGGCACUAACAAUUUCAAAGGGUUUUGCAUAGACGUAUUUACAGCUGCUGUCAACCUAUUACCCUAUGCAGUUCCGUAUCAAUUUAUCCCCUAUGGUGAUGGCAAGAAAAACCCAAGCUACACAGAGCUUGUGGAAUCAAUUGCAGCGGGUGAUUUAGAUGGCGCUGUUGGUGACAUUGCCAUCACCACAAACAGGACAAAGAUUGUGGAUUUUACACAGCCAUAUGCUGCAUCUGGACUAGUUGCAGUUGCCCCAUUUAAAAGGCUGAACACUGGUGCUUGGGCUUUCCUGCGGCCAUUUUCUCGACUAAUGUGGGGAGUCACCGCUGCUUCCUUCCUGGUUGUGGGGAUAGUGGUGUGGAUUCUGGAGCAUCGGAUAAACGAUGAGUUUAGAGGGUCGCCUAGGCAACAACUCAUAACGAUUUUGUGGUUUAGCCUCUCAACCAUGUUUUUUUCUCAUAGAGAGAACACAGUGAGCACCCUGGGUCGUCUAGUGUUAAUCAUAUGGCUAUUUGUAGUCCUGAUAAUAAACUCAAGUUAUACUGCAAGUUUGACCUCCCUUCUCACAGUGCAGCGACUAUCUUCUCCUAUCAAAGGUAUUGCUACCUUGAAAGCGAGCGAUGAGCCUAUUGGAUAUCAGGUGGGCUCUUUUGCUGAGCAUUAUUUAAUCGAGGAAAUUGGUAUACCUAGUUCAAGGCUUGUUGCCCUUGGAUCACCAGAAGCAUAUGCUACCGCGCUAAAAAAUGGCCCUAAAAAGGGGGGUGUUGCUGCGGUAGUUGAUGAACAACCAUAUGUGGAGCUUUUCCUGUCGAGCCAGUGCAAAUUCAGGAUUGUUGGUCAAGAGUUCACCAAAAGCGGCUGGGGUUUUGCAUUUCCGCGGGACUCUCCUUUGGCUGUUGACAUGUCCACAGCAAUUCUAACUCUUUCUGAAAAUGGGGAUCUCCAGCGGAUCCACGACAAAUGGUUGCAAAACAGUGUCUGUACCUCGGACACAGCUGAGAUCGAGUCGGACCGCCUUCACCUAAAGAGCUUUUGGGGCCUUUUUCUUAUAAUCGGGGUUGUUUGCUUUUGUGCUCUAGUCAUAUAUUUCAUCCAGAUUAUGCGCCAGUAUUCCCGCACUGCACCUACUGAAUCACUCCCAAAUGGUGAAGGAAGCUCACGGUCCAAGCGUCUUCAGAGGCUAUUGUCAUUGAUUGAUGAGAAGAAAGACCCGUCGAAAAGAGAGCCCAAGAGAAGAAAGACGGAGAGAUCAUCAUCCGAUUCGGUACUUGAAACAAGUCCGAAAAGGCAACAAGCUAAAUUUUCCACGGAGGUUGAUAUCAUUCCACAUAAUUCAAGGAUGUGAAUAGACCAUUAGACACCCCCUCUGGUUUUGUUGUGGAAGUUUAGGCCAUGAUCAUCUAGUCCAAGUUGGGCAAUUGUAACUCAUCAGAGAGAGAGAGAGAGAGAGAGUAGGGCAAUAGAUUACGAGGAGCUGGUGGGGGCAUUUUUCUGUGUAGGAUAGGCCAUUGUUUUAUACCUCAAGGGAACAUUCGAGUUGGCAAUAUGGAUCAAAUAUAUGUAUGCUGUACUGAACUGACCUGGAUUGGUUUUCUUGAAGACAGAAUUCAAGGCCAUUUGUGUACUCAAAAAAUCUUUCAUAGCAUAUUAUUUUGAGGGAAAAUCUUCAUAUAUUUUUAUGUGA